AUGCCUUCCACCUCCUCCCUGCAGUUGGUCCAUGAGGGGGCUGCCUGUCCUGCCUGUGCAGGGCCCCUUCAGGAUGCAGUAAGUGCCGCCUGUGGACACACCUUCUGUAGCCUCUGCUUCCCUGCGCAUGCCCAAAUGGGGGCCCAGCCCUCCCGCAGGGUCCUGCUCUGCACGCUCUGCCAAGAGGAAGAGGAGCAGACAGAGACCCUCUUGGCCCCUGUGCCUUUGGGUCCUGUGGGGAAGAUGAACUGCGAGGAGCACGGUGAGAAGAUCUACUUCUUCUGCAAGAAUGAUUCAGAGUUCCUCUGUGUGUUCUGCCGGGAGGGUCCCUCCCACCAGGCCCACACUGUGGGCCUCCUCGAGGAGGCCAUUCAACCCUACAGGGAUCGUCUCAAAAGUCGUCUGGAAGCUCUGAGCACAGAAAAGGACAAGAUUGAAGACAUAAAGUGUCGAGAAGAUCAGAAGCUCCACGCACUUCUGACUCAGAUUGAAAACAAAAAACAACAAGUAGAAACAACUUUUGAGAGGCUGCAGCAGGAGCUGGAGGACCAGCGGCAUCUCCUGCUGGCCAGGCUGAGGGAGCUAGAGCAGCAGAUCUGGAAGGAGAGGGAUGAGUACAUCACUAAGGUCUCUGAGGAGGUCACCCAGCUUGGAGUCCAAGUCAAGGAGCUGGAGGAAAAGUGUCAGCAGCCAGGAAGUGAGCUUCUACAAGAUGUCAGAGUCAACCAGAACAGGUGUGAGAUGAAGACUUUUGUGAGUCCAGAGACCAUUUCUUCUGACCUUAUCAAGAAGAUUCGUGACCUUCACAGGAAAAUACUUGCCCUCCCGGAGAUGAUGAAGAAAUUUUCAGAAAACUUGGUGAGUCAUCUGGAAACAGAUUCAGGGAUCGUCACUCUGGAUCCUCAGACCGCCAAUGCAAGCCUGGUCCUCUCAGAAGACAGAAAGUCAGUGAGGUAUACGCGGAAUAAGCGGAACCUGGCCGACAGCCCCCAACGCUUCGAUAGUUUGCCGGUGGUGCUGGGCUCUCCAGGCUUCUGCUCCGGACUCCACCGCUGGCAAGUGAAAGUGCAGCUGAGCGACGGAGGCGGCUGCACGGUGGGAGUGGCUGCCGAGGAAGUGAGGAGGAAGGGGGAGAUGGGCCUGAGCACCCAGGAGGGAGUCUGGGCCGUAAUCAUCUCGCACCAGCAGUGCUGGGCCAGCACCUCCCCGGGAACCGACCUGCCGCUGAGCGAGAUCCCUCACUGCAUAGACGUCACCCUGGACUAUGAGGCGGGGCGUGUGACCCUCCUAGACGCAGACACCCAGGUGCCCAUCUUCACCUUUACCGCCUCUUUCUCAGGCAGAGUCUACCCUUUCUUUGCCGUCUGGAAAAAAGGUUCCUGUUUGACUUUGAAGUAGGAAGCACCACAUAGCAGAGACAGCAGCGCCCUAGGACCCAAAUCUGUUUCUGUCCCUGGCUGGCCAGUGAGGCAGGUGAAGAUGAGAUCUUGGAUUCUAGAACAGUAGUUGUUUUUAUUUUAUUUAUCUUAUGCCUUUCAGUUUCCUCCCGUCCUCACCUGAUACCCUACACCCGGACAGUACU